AUGUUGCACUCGUCAUCUCUUCGGGAGGCAUGCACUCAUCCAGAUUCAUUGUUUGCGACCCAACAAGAUGAUCUCCUCCGCAUGAUCUACCAAGAUUUCACCACUGACUUGGACCGGCUCAAACGAGCCUACUCACUUCGCUCUGGUCAACCAAUCUACCCGACCACCACAUCUCCAUCCUAUAUCCUGUACGAAGCAGAUUAUGAUGAGGUGAACCGAACCCUAGUGGGGUUCCUCAGUCUGCGUUGGAUUCACCGCGGGGAAUAUGAGAAAUUUGUCGGCUCGCAGCCCCCAGAUGUUCGAUUAAGCCGGGAUUCAUUUGAAUGGAUACGAGAGUUCUACAGCGAGGUUAUUGUGGAUGCUGACGCGCUCUACGCUUUAAUUACCUCCAUCGUCAUCAACGAUCUGGGCAAGGAUCCACAACUUGCCUCUGACUAUCAACAAGUGACUGGUAUCGAUAUCGCAGAUUUGAAUCAUGAUGCGAUUCUUCUGAAAGCAUGCACAGUCGGGUUGGUUUUGUCACUGGAGAAUUUGACAUUACCAUACAAAGACGAUCUCCUGCGUGGCAUCGAGCUAGGCGCGACUUUCAAUUUUGGACAGCUGGCCCAGGCUGAAAACGUCCCAGCCUGUCUAUCGGGUCUAUUGUUAAUGAAUGACAUGCCACGCUGCUUCCAGCUUCGCUUCAUGGAGCAGCUUCUGGACAUUUCCGGAGCUGCAGGGCAUAUGGAUUCUACCUGCGCGAAGAAACUCAUCCAGCCUAUAUUCGAUUCCUAUCGGAAUGUCUACGAUGCAUGCCAGAGUGUUAUUGCUGGUAAUGCAAAUUUUCGACAGGGGUAUGAUUUGGUUCUUUCGAGAAGGGCACAUUAUCUUCAUGGAGAAGGUUUUCCGUUGCUGCGUGUUGAAGACUCGGAUGAUCGAGCAUUGAUACGACUAUUCUGCAUGGGAAAUGUCACGACUCUUGAUAAGGCGAGUCUGUUUAAAGAUACAUGGGAUUCGCUGGAGAUUACUGUCAGAGAUGCGUUGAUAUAUGCACUUAACAUUGAUGGUGUGAGUGGUGAGCCUGCGGUCCAACCGACUUAUAUGCCUGCUUUUCUUAGUCGGAUCGGUGACAAGGUAUCAUUGACUUGCUCGUUACGAUUCUUAUCACGUGUGAUGACUCGGGUAGGGUCUGUAGAUUCAUCGGUACUGGUCAUUGAACGGAGCGUCUUAUCAGUUAUGAAACAAUACGUUGAGAGCGGGGAAUUUGACAAGGAUCCCACUGUAAUAGAGAACAUCGAUGUGCCAGAAGGAGUUGUUGCAUUAACCACAUGA